AUGGACUAUCGCCUCCUCCUAAGAAAAUCAAGUGGAAAUGAUGGAGAGGGCAUAGUCAAGAGGAUCAUUGACGUAGGUUUCUUUAAAAACGAAGAACUUGCGACAAUCUUGGGGACUUCUAAACGGACUAUUGAGCGAAUUGCUGCAGAGAAUACUGAGAGUGAAUCUGACAAAGCGGCUGGAAGAGAAGAGGCACUAUCCAGAUCUCCCCUAAAGCAUUGAAGUGAUGAAGACUUUGCUGAGGUCAUUAAGGAAUGUGAGAAGGAUACAGGCUUUGUCAGCAAGGCAAGUUUGAGGGCCCAAUUCAAAAGAAAGACAGUUGACAUCAGCGAAGAACAGCUAGGAAAAGAGCUGAAGAAGAGGGGAUAUAUCUAUAGGAAGAAGAGGGUUGUUCUACAGCUAACUGAAGCUCAUAAAGAGCAGAGAAUGUCCUGGGCUAGGUCUUUGAUUGACUCAGAUAUCGCUUCAUGGAUCUUCAGUGAUGAGUGCUAUGUGCAUCUCUUUCGUAACUCUAAUUUGUCGUGGUGCAAAGAAGGGAUAAACGCAACGAUUGAAGAGCCUAUCAAUUGAAAAACCUCAAUUAUGAUCUGGGGAGGAAUUUCUAUCGUUUUUGGCAAAAUGCUCUUCAUAAAGAAGGAGAAGUAUCAAUGCCCAGGUCUAUAUCAGAGACAUUCUCCAGGGCUAUAUUGAGCCUUUAGAUGGAGACUACACCUUCGUUCAGGAUGGGGCAACAGCCCAUACUGCAAGGCAGACUAUGGAAUAUUGCAGAGAAAACGGGGAUGAUGUGAAGACUCAAUCGCCGAAGAGCCCAGAUCUCAAUCCAAUUGAGAUGAUCUGGGCCAAUUUGAAGAGGAAAGUGGAGAAAAGAAGGCCUGACAGCAAAGCCAGACUAAUUGCUGCCAUUCAGGAGUCAUGGGACGAAAUUUCUUUUGAGGAAGUGCAAAAUUCCAUUCUUAA